UGUAUACCAACACACAGCAAGAGGUGACCUAAUCUUUACCCCCCUUGAACACUGGAUCGGCUAAUCAGCUUAAUGAGGUUGGAGAGAAUUGUUAGGAGGGGGUUCUGUGUGACAGGUGGAGAGGAGAACUGAUAUAGGCAAUGGAAAAAAGAACAAGUGUUGGUGGAUGAGGAAUCUUUAGAGUUAGGGGAUCGGUAGUUUUGCCAAAUGUAAACUGACCGACAUGAGGAGAACCAUGUAUAAACUCCUAUUUAAGAAGCACACCUGGUAAAGAUGACUGGCUGAGAAAAGAGAAGACGAGAGAAGACGUGACAAAGCGACAAAAAGGACAAACGAGUAAGUUCUUAGAAAAGCAAAGAACUGAGCAGCUGAGAGGAACCGACGAUUGUGCCAGUAGAAUGAGAAGGACGAGAGAUUAGGAGGAGGAGAGAGAACAGUCUAAUAAGUAGGAGACGGUAAGGGUAAAAAAAAAGCAGAUUAAAGAUCAGGAUUAGGUGUCUCUCUCUCUCUCUCUCUCUGUCUCGCUCUUUCUGCAUCGCUGCCACCAAAACGGCCCCUUUGGAUCUCUCGAGGAAUCUGCUGCCUCCAUCCCAAAGAUCUGUUUCACACCAACCUCAUCAAAGUCCGGGAGCAAGAUCUCAGGAUGCCCAGUCCGAGAGAUUACAGUCGACUUUCCACGAUGACUCUCGAUCAUUCUUAAAAUUGUGCUAAACGUCAUGCCUUGCCCAAGUUCCCUCCUCUUCCUUUCCAACCAUCCCAGGUGGACCUUACCGUCUUCAGCUGUCCUGCUGAUCUUUGUACUAAUUCUCUUGCCAAGGACAGUUUUGGCAGCCACCUUUCGUAUUGGCUUAGUGGGUCCCUGGGCCUGUGACCCACUGCUAGCGAAGGCUCUCCCAGAUGUUGCGGCUCGCUUGGCGCUCUACGAUUCUAACACGGAUCAUUCACUCACUGCCGGUGUCUGGAUUGACCACGUACUAUUGACUCAAGGGUGCUCGGCUCCCCGUGCGUUUGCGGCCUUUGCUCUCAUGGAACAUUCAGUGGCUGCCUUCGUUGGCCCUGCCAACCCUGCGUAUUGUCCUGCGGCAAGUCUACUUGCCAAAGGUUGGAACAAGCCAAUGGUUUCCUGGUCUUGCCUUGGAGUGUUGAGCCCCAUUCCACAUCCGGUCCAUAUACUUUAUGCGGUACUAAGCUUCUUUCACUGGGCUGGCGUAGCCGUGGUCAUCGGGCCACAGGAGCAUUGGGUUGGAGCUGGCAGGGAGCUCUCAGAUGCUCUGCGAAACUGGGGCCUGCCAGUUGAUCCGGUGGUCACCAUGGAAGAAGGAGAAGAUGGGGCAAGAGAAGCACUGAGGAAGCUAAAAAGGAAACGACGAGUGAGAGUGGUGGUUAUGUGCAUGCACUCAGUCCUAAUUGGUGGAGAGGACCAACGUCACCUUCUAGAAGUAGCCCAUGACCUACGCAUGACAGAUGGCUCCACGGUUUUCAUCCCAUAUGAUACUCUUCAGUACAGUCUUCCAUAUGACCGUCCUUUCCCCAUCUUCAUCAACAACACUAAGCUACGCCGAGCAUACGAUUCUGUCCUCACGAUCACCGUCAGCUCCCAACAUGGAAACUUCUAUAACGCUUUCCAGGAUGCAAAAGCCAAUGACGAGGUCCCACAAGAUAUUGAUCCAAUGGAGGUGUCUCCACUCUUUGCAACCAUCUACAACUCCAUCUACCUGAUGGCCACUGUAAUAAAGAGGACCUACCGGACAGGGCAGAGAGUGACGGCUGCCUCCAUCUCACGGCAUGCGCAGAACAUACAGUUGGAGGGCUUUGGCUACCCACUCUCUUUAGAUGAGGACGGCGACUCCCAGACUACGUAUAUCAUUCUGGAUACAGAUGGAGAGAACAAGCUACUCACCCCAGUAUACUCUAUUGAUCCGGUUACGGGGAACCUUCAUCACCUGAGAAAGAUUCACUUCCCAUACAAUCAUCACCCGGGAACUGACUCUGACUGCUGGUUUGAUCGUAGCUCAAUCUGUAUUGGAGGUGUGGAUCCUGCCUUUGUAAUUCUGCUGUUCAUCCUCAUCGCCAGCCUUCUGCUUACAGGAGCCUCUCUCACCUGCUACAUAAGGAGAAAAAUUCAGCAUGCGAAGCUCACGAGAGGCCCUAACAAGAUUAUUCUCACCUUGGAUGACUUAGUUUUCAUUCACACCCAGAGCAGGAAGAAACUGGGCGACGACAGCAGGUUGAGCAUGUUGGGGAAGAGUGUCAGUGAAAUCCGGACACCCCGGAACUCCCUAUCUGGGAAGAGCAUGGCGGCGGCCACACCGUACACAACAAAUGUGGCAGUCUUCGAGGGGGACUGGGUAUGGCUCAAAAGGUUUCCCGGUGAGAAGCAUGGAGACAUCCGCCCAGCUACAAAGAACAUGUUCUGCACUCUUCGUGACCUUCGCCACGAGAACGUGAACCUUUACUUGGGCAUGUUCCAUGACAUGGGGGCCCUGGGUGUUGUGUCUGAACAUUGCUCACGUGGCAGCCUGGAAGACCUCAUCCAGAACCAAGACAUGAAGCUAGACUGGAUGUUCAAAUCCUCACUUCUUCUAGACCUCAUCAAGGGUUUGAAGUUCCUUCAUCAUCGUGAGAUCGCUCAUGGAUGUCUCAAAUCCAGGAACUGUGUGGUGGACGGGAGAUUUGUCCUUAAAGUAACAGACCAUGGAAUGAAUGAGUUGUAUGAAGCUCAGAGACUGACUCCAGCCAAGUCCAUGCCUGAAGACCUGUUCUGGACAGCCCCAGAAAUCUUGCGUGACUCCCUACCAAAUACGAGAGGAAGCUACAAAGGAGACAUAUAUGGUUUUGCCAUUAUAGUGCAGGAAGUUAUUAUACGAGGCACUCCUUACUGCAUGCUGGAACUCACUGCUGAGGAAAUCAUCCGUAAGGUCCGUCGUCCUCCCCCUCUAUGCCGACCCUCUGUGUCCCUGGACCAGGCUCCCCCCGAGUGUAUCCAUUUAAUGAAGCAGUGCUGGAGUGAACACCCAGAGAGGAGACCGAAUAUAGACCAGAUAUUUGACCAGUUUAAGAGUAUAAACCGUGGACGCAAAACGAACAUUAUCGACUCAAUGCUCCGAAUGCUGGAGCAGUACUCUAGUAACCUGGAAGACCUGAUCCGAGAGAGGACAGAAGAGCUGGAAAUUGAGAAGCAGAAGACAGACAAACUCCUCACUCAGAUGCUUCCACCAUCUGUAGCCGAGGCUCUGAAGACAGGCGCCCCUGUGGAGCCGGAAUAUUUUGACCAGGUCACCAUUUACUUUAGUGACAUUGUAGGCUUCACGACCAUCUCCUCCCUAAGUGACCCUAUUGAAGUAGUUGACCUCCUCAAUGACCUAUAUACACUCUUUGAUGCCAUCAUUGGAUCUCAUGACGUCUACAAGGUGGAGACCAUUGGAGAUGCCUACAUGGUGGCUUCAGGCCUUCCUAAAAGAAAUGGGACCCGCCAUGCAGCAGAGAUUUCGAACAUGUCUCUGGAUAUCCUAAGCUCCGUGGGAUCAUUUAAAAUGAGACAUAUGCCGGAUGUCCCGGUCAAGAUACGCAUUGGGCUCCACUCUGGUCCAUGUGUAGCAGGCGUGGUUGGACUCACAAUGCCACGGUAUUGCCUCUUUGGUGACACUGUCAACACAGCAUCUCGUAUGGAGUCCACGGGGCUUCCUUAUCGUGUCCACGUGAAUGUCAGUACGGUGAACAUCCUCAUGUCUUUGCAAGAAGGAUACUUAACGGAAGUCAGGGGUAAAACUGAACUCAAGGGUAAAGGAGUGGAGGACACGUUCUGGCUGGUAGGGAAAAAAGGAUUCAAUAAGCCCUUGCCGACACCGCCAGAUGUAUUACCAGGGAGCAGCAACCACGGCAUCAGUCUCGAUGAAAUCCCGGAGAGGAGGAGGAAGAAGCUAGAGAUGGAGAGGGACAUAGUGAAGAAGCAGAAAAUGAAGUGACCACCAUGUCUCACAUGCGUCUACCUCUGUUGGCGCUACUCAGACAGAAGCUUAGAACCUCCGGAGAGCUGCUCCAAAGUUUCACAGACUUUCUCUGUUUUCUGUGGAAACCUCGAUCCUUCAGAGACACGUUUGGGUUCUCUCCAGUACUUUGAGGGCGACGUCUCCUAGAAGCAAUGCAAGACACAAAUCCAAAGAUGACUUUGCCACCUCUGUGGCGCAGUUAGUACAAUAUAGUAGACCGUGUUCUUUCAGUGUUAUUUUCCACACUCUCCAAGGCUUGGAGGUGUUUUGCCCAGUCAAUAGCUACGUCUUCUACCUGGAAGAUAUUUCUGUUGUUUGAAGAUCACAUGAUUGAAACAUUGUGACUCCAUCCUCGCAGAAAUGGCUACAUGGGAUGGACUUCCGAGCUUGUGUGCACUGAUAUACUCGCCGAUAAUCAAAGCCAGAUUGUUUGCAACAUCAUUGGUUGUUUGAGGAUGGAAGUCUCACCUGAUUGGUUGCUGGCUUCCCUGCACCCAAACUAAAAUGAUUACUCCUCUCAUUUUUAACCUGUGUGAACCUUACUAAGCUUCCCCCGUUUAGCAUGCUCUUAGUACAACGUACCCCCCAAGUGUGUAAAAAGAUUGUAACUAAAAUAUUGUGUAUGCAUCAUUGUAAAUAAA